AUGGGCGACCACGUUCAGAUGAUUAAGAAGAUUGGCGAGGGUUCGACCGGCGCCGUGUACUACGGCUCGUGCGUCAAGGCCAAGAAGAAGCUCGCCGUGAAGGUGGUCCGCAAGGUGGACUCGACCAAGGGCCGCCGUACCACCGAGCGAGCCCGCUCCGAGGCGGCCAUCAUGGCCGAGCUCGUCCACAAGCACAUCUGCAAGUGCUACGGCAUCGUCGAGAACCCCGACCACGUCUUCCUCCUGCUCCAGUUCGCCAAGGGCGGCGACCUCCUCGACCGCAUCAACAAGCACGGCGCCUUCUCCGAGCGCGAGGCGCGUCGUGUCUUCCAGCAGCUGGUGCUCGCCGUCAGCUACCUGCACAACAAAGGCUACAUCCACCGCGACAUCAAGCCUGAGAACGUGUUCCUUGAUGAGUCGGGCAACGUACUACUUGGUGACUUCGGCUUCGCCACGGCCUGGUCGCCCGACGUGCACCAGACCGAGUCGGUGGGCACCUUCCCCUACGCGGCGCCGGAGCUGCUCCUGGGCCACGGCUACUGCGGACCCGAGGUCGACCUCUUCUCCCUGGGCACCGUGCUGCUGGCCAUGCUCAGCGCCACGAUCCCCUUCAAGGCCGACAGCGAGGAGGAGUCGUUCAAGAAGGUGCAGCUGGGCGACUUCAAGUCGGACGUGCCCAUCUCCGUCUCGCCGUCGGCCGUCGACCUGCUCACGCGCCUGCUCGACCCCAACCCCAAGACCCGCAUCACCAUGACCCAGCUCUGCCAGCACCCGUGGAUGAAGAUGCGGCCCAAGACCGCCAGCUCCUCUUCGCCCAACAGCAAGUCCGCCACCGUCGGCGCCUCGCCCAGCCAGUCGUCGUCGUCCAACGGCCCGCUCUCGUUCUUCGCCGCCACCAAGAAGAGGCUCAUGCGCGAGUUCAACUCCACGUCGGUCCCGAUCCCCGUCUCGGCCAGCCGAUGA